GGAAGGGCAGGUGGAGCCGGUGGCAUUGAUUGCUGUAACCUGAUCCCAGCGGGGGGGAGGUGGAGACGUCGUCGUCGCAGAGCUACGGGGGCUGGGGAGGAAGCUGCUGCCGCUGAGGGCUGGGCCAGGAGGAGCUAGGCCUGGGCUCGGGUCGGCAGCUGCUGCCUUCUCUCCGGCCUAUCUAUUUUUAAUGAGCUCCCCGGGCUUCUGCAGCAGCGGGCAGGAUGCAGGAAGGCAGGCCCAAGCUGUGAAGGCUGGAGGCCUCAGCCCUGCCUUAAGCGCUGGUCCCCCGACCCCUCUGGGCAUGAGAGGGCAGCCCUGGGACCCCUCAGCCCCCCAGCUGGGCAGGGCUCUCCAUGCAGCUGGUACUGAAGAUGGAUUCGAGCCCAGACAAUGACAGCUGGUUGGAAGAUCAGUGGGAGCACUGGCUCACCCAUGACAUCAGCCUGGAGGAGUUUGAGGAUGAAGACCUCUCAGAGAUCACUGAUGAGUGUGGCAUCAGCCUGCAGUGCAAAGACACAUUGUCUCUCCGGCCCCCGCGCACCGGGCUGCUGUCUGCGGGCGGCGGCGGCGCGGGGAGCCGGUUGCAGGCGGAGAUGCUGCAGAUGGACCUGAUCGAUGCAGCGGGGGACACUCCCGGCGCGGAGGACGACGAGGAGGACGAAGAUGAGGAGCGCGCGUCACGGCGGUCGGGAGCGGGGCCGCCCCAGGCCGAAUCAGGUCAGGAGCCGGCGCCCCGCGGCCAGGGCCAAGGCCAGGGCACGGGCAGCGGUGACACAUACCGACCCAAGCGGCCCACCACGCUCAACCUUUUCCCGCAGGUGCCCCGGUCUCAGGACACGCUGAAUAAUAAUUCUCUAGGCAAAAAGCACAGUUGGCAGGAUCGGGUGUCUCGAUCAUCCUCUCCCCUGAAAACAGGGGAGCAGACACCCCCACAUGAACACAUCUGCCUGAGCGAUGAGCUGCCACCCCAGAGCAGCCCUGCCCCCACCAAGGAUCGAGGCACCUCCACCGACAGCCCUUGUCGCCGCACUGCUGCCACCCAGAUGGCACCUCCAGGUGGCCCCCCUGCUGCAGCACCUGGUGGCCGGGGCCACUCACAUCGAGACCGAAUCCACUACCAGGCAGACGUGAGGCUAGAGGCCACCGAGGAGAUCUACCUGACCCCAGUGCAGAGGCCCCCAGACCCUGCCGAGCCCAACGCCUCCUUUUUGCCACCAGCUGAGAGCCGAAUGUCGGUCAGCUCUGAUCCAGACCCUGCUGCCUACCCCUCAGCUGCAGGGCGGCCCCAUCCCUCCAUCAGUGAGGAGGACGAGGGCUUCGACUGCCUGUCCUCCCCAGAGCGGGUGGAGCCACCAGGUGGAGGAUGGCGAGCGAGCCUGGGGGAGCCGCCACCCCCUCCACGGGCUUCGCUGAGCUCAGAUACCAGCGCCCUCUCCUACGACUCAGUCAAGUACACACUAGUGGUGGACGAGCACGCACAGCUGGAGCUGGUGAGCCUACGGCCGUGCUUCGGUGACUACAGUGAUGAGAGCGACUCGGCUACUGUCUAUGACAACUGUGCCUCCGCCUCCUCGCCCUAUGAGUCGGCCAUCGGGGAGGAGUAUGAGGAGGCCCCGCGGCCCCGGCCCCCCACCUGCCUCUCAGAGGACUCCACACCUGAUGAGCCCGAUGUCCACUUCUCUAAGAAGUUCCUGAACGUCUUCAUGAGCGGCCGCUCUCGCUCCUCCAGCGCAGAGUCCUUCGGGCUGUUCUCCUGUGUCAUCAACGGGGAAGAGCAGGAGCAAACCCAUCGGGCCAUUUUCAGGUUCGUGCCCCGGCACGAAGAUGAACUUGAACUGGAAGUGGAUGACCCUCUGCUAGUGGAGCUGCAGGCUGAAGACUACUGGUAUGAGGCCUACAACAUGCGCACUGGUGCCCGUGGCGUCUUUCCUGCCUACUAUGCCAUCGAGGUCACCAAGGAGCCCGAACACAUGGCAGCCCUGGCCAAGAACAGUGACUGGGUGGAUCAGUUCCGGGUGAAGUUCCUGGGCUCUGUCCAGGUUCCCUAUCACAAGGGCAAUGAUGUCCUCUGUGCUGCUAUGCAAAAGAUUGCUACCACACGCCGCCUCACCGUGCACUUUAACCCACCCUCCAGCUGUGUCCUUGAGAUCAGUGUGCGGGGUGUGAAGAUAGGGGUCAAGGCUGAGGACGCUCAGGAGGCCAAGGCAAAUAAAUGUAGCCACUUUUUUCAUCUAAAAAACAUCUCUUUCUGUGGAUACCAUCCAAAGAAUAACAAGUACUUUGGGUUCAUUACCAAACACCCUGCCGACCACCGAUUUGCCUGCCAUGUCUUUGUGUCUGAAGACUCCACCAAAGCCCUGGCAGAGUCUGUGGGACGUGCGUUCCAGCAGUUCUACAAGCAGUUUGUGGAAUAUACAUGCCCCACAGAAGAUAUCUACCUGGAGUAGCAGUGCCGCGCCCUCUGUGUGCCCCAGGCCCCAGGCCAGAGCCAAGACAGCUGCUGCUGAAGGGAUGGGGAGGUGGGGGCCACUGGCCCAGGGUAGAGGGCAAGGGUUAUGGGGAGAGACAGAUGCAGUUUAUUGUAAUAUAUGGGGUUAGAUUCAUCUAUGGAGGACAGCUCGGGCUGCCCGGGGUUUGGGAGGGGGCAGGCCUUGGGGGUAGGGGGGCCUGGCUGUGAAGGAAUGCAUUCUGGGAGCAGAGGCUCCACCCCAUCCUGGGCCUUACUUCCCUGCUAGGGGCUCUGGCUCUUGGCUCCUUGCCUUGAUGAUGCCCAUGCCACCUGCAAGUGCCCACCUUCCCCCUUGCCCAAUCCCCAUACCAGGAGCUCUGAGCUCAGGCUGAGCCCAGCCACCUCCCGAGUACAUUCCAGUAAGGAAAUGGCAACAGGUGGCGAUGAGGUCCCUGUCCCUCCCUGCUGUCCUCGGUGGCACCUCUGGGUAGCUCCCACCUCCACCACCCCAGCACGCGGGCCCCAGCAGGCUCAGCAGUCCCGGGGAAGGAGGGAGCUGCAGGGAGAGAAGGCCUCCCACCAUGGUCUUACCACCUGGCCACAACUAUUAAAGUGCCAUUUCCUGUCUGGA